AUGACUGUCCGUUCGACCGAAAGUCAAAACGAUGAUCGCUAUGUUGUCUGGCUAGACAUCGACAAUACGCUGUACUCGGCGAGCGCGAAGAUCUCGCAGGCUAUGGGCGAACGAAUCCAUGCUUACUUUGUCGGUCUUGGUCACACCGAUGAGGAAGCAUCGGUACUGCACCAUCGCUAUUACACCCAGUAUGGUCUUGCUUUGCGUGGACUUGUGCGACACCAUGACAUCGAUGCGUUAGACUUCGAUCGUAAAUGCGAUGGGUCUCUUCCGCUGGAGGAAAUGCUCAAGCCUGACCCCAAACUUCGGAACCUUCUGCAGGACAUUGAUCGCAGCAAAGCGCGUGUAUGGGGUCUUACGAAUGCGUAUAAGACGCACGCUGAGCGCGUCCUCCGCAUCCUGGGUGUGGACGAUCAGAUAGAGGGUCUUGUGUUUUGCGACUACGCCAACUCCGAUUUCUUCUGCAAGCCGGAGCCGGAGUUCUUCCAUGACGCUUUGAAGCGAGCAAAUAUCAUUGAUACCUCGAAAUGUCUCUUCAUUGAUGACAGCAAAACUAAUGUCGAAGCUGCAAGAAAGUUGGGCUGGGGUAGAUGCGUCCAUUUCUGCGAACAUGGUAUGCAAGCUGUAGAAGGCGGGAAAGAAAAGAUGAUCGCCCAGGACGGUACAAUUCCAGAUGAUGUGGUAGUCAUCUCGAAACUAGAGGAGCUUCGAACGGUCUGGCCUGACAUUUUCAAGGCAUGA